AUGGCGACUGCGACUGCUCGCUCGUUGGUCUGCGCGCAUUUCACCGCCGCGCAACUCUCCCCUGCAGAGGGAGAGUCGUCCUCUCUGAAGGCUUUCGCCAAGUCCGUGAAGCCCAACGGUCUCUCUGCGUUCCCCCUCAGCCGCAAGUCUGUCUCUAACCGUCGCAGGACCUGUGCGAAUGGGAGCAGCAGUCGCAGAAGACAGCCAGUGAUGGCGGCGGCGGGCGACGGUGCGACGAAGAAGUGUCGCAUCACGCUGCUGCCGGGCGACGGAAUCGGCCCUGAGAUCAUGGCAGUGGCUGUGAAGCUGCUCAAGGCUCUCGGCGAACUGGAAGGCAUCACUUUUGAGUUCCAGGAGGCGCUGGUCGGAGGUGCGGCGAUCGACGAAUUCGGCGUGCCUCUGCCCGAAUCAACCCUCGCCACGUGCCGCGACAGCGAUGCCGUUCUGCUCGCUGCCAUUGGAGGGUACAAGUGGGACACCCUGCCCGCAGAUCUCCGCCCUGAGCGCGGGCUGCUGGGUCUGCGCGCGGGGCUCGGCGCUUUCGCUAACCUGCGCCCCGCCACCGUCUUCCCCCAGCUGAUCGAGGCGUCGUCGUUGAAGCGCGAGGUGGUGGAGGGCGUUGACAUCAUGGUGGUGCGCGAACUUACGGGCGGAAUCUACUUCGGAGAGCCCAAGGGCUUCGGACUGGAUGCAGAGGGCAACAGGACAGGCUUCAACACCAUGAUCUACUCCGCCCCUGAGAUUGACCGCAUCGCCCGAGUGGGCUUUGAGGCGGCGCGCAAGCGCAGCGGGCGGCUGUGCUCCGUGGAGAAGUCGAACGUGCUGGAGGUGUCGCAGCUGUGGCGCGAGCGCGUGACGGCCAUUGGGGCGGAGGAGUACCCGGAUGUGGAGCUGUCGCACAUGUAUGUGGACAACGCUGCCAUGCAGCUCAUCCGCAACCCGCGCCAGUUUGACACCAUCGUCACCGGCAACAUCUUUGGGGAUAUCCUCUCCGACGAGGCGUCCAUGCUCACUGGCUCCAUUGGCAUGCUGCCCUCCGCCAGCAUUGGCUCUGACGGCCCGGGCAUCUAUGAGCCAGUGCAUGGUUCGGCACCGGACAUUGCGGGGCAGGACAAGGCGAACCCGAUGGCUCAGGUGCUCUCAGCCGCCAUGAUGCUGCGAUACGGGCUCAACCUGCCACGUGGUGCUGACCUAUUGGAGGCUGCUGUCAUGAGUACCCUGGAGGCAGGAUACAGGACUGGUGACAUUGCUUCCCCCGGCAUGGAGGUGGUGGGUUGCACCUGCGACGAUUUCUGCCGCUCAUUUGCUGCAGAGUCUGCAAUUAUUCCUGUCGCAUCCGUCGCUCGAUUCGUCGCCAGAUUCUCGUCCCCAGCACGCCCUGUCGCAACGCCUCCUGGUGCGAUUGGCUCAGCAGCACCACUAUCCGCGUCUCCCGCAAUUCCAUUCGUCCCCGCCACUGCCGCCACUACCGUCGCCCCUACCAGUGCAUCUGCCGCCACUGCCGCCGCCGCUGUCGCUGCAGCAGCAGCGUUCGCUCUGGUCGUCUGCUCCUCACCCGCGCUCGCCGCUCCCGCAGCGUCUCCCCAGGAAAUUAUCCCUGCUUACGCCACAGCGUUUCCAAAUCCACUCUCUACAGCCUCGGCCAUACCCCUCGGCACAGUAUCAUCCAUACCUUUCACUACAGUCACCCAGGCUCCUCCGCUCGCUACAGCGUCGGCAAUGAGCGGCAGCGGCGUGGAGUGGGAGGUGCUGGUGCCGUCGCUGGUGGGGGUGACGCCCGCUAGCGCCCUCAUUGCCGCCACCGCCGCUGCAGGCGCGCUUGGGCUGGGCUUCGCGCUGUUCAUCGCCGGGCACUGCACAUGUGUGGUAACCCUACUUGUGGAGUGGGAGGUGCUGGUGCCGUCGCUGGUGGGGGUGACGCCUGCUAGCGCCCUCCUCGCCGCCACCGCCGCUGCAGGCGCGCUUGGGCUGGGCUUCGUGCUGUUCCUCGCUGUGGGUUCCAACCUUCCCUCUCACCCACCUUCUCUCAACCUCCUUCCCUCUCACCCACCUUCUCUCAACCUCCUUCCCUCUCACCCACCUUCUCUCAACCUCCUUCCCUCUCACCCACCUUCUCUCAACCUCCUUCCCUCUCACCCACCUUCUCUCAACCUCCUUCCCUCUCACCCACCUUCUCUCAACCUCCUUCCCUCUCACCCACCUUCUCUCAACCUCCUUCCCUCUCACCCACCUUCUCUCAACCUCCUUCCCUCUCACCCACCUUCUCUCAACCUCCUUCCCUCUCACCCACCUUCUCUCAACCUCCUUCCCUCUCACCCACCUUCUCUCAACCUCCUUCCCUCUCACCCACCUUCUCUCAACCUCCUUCCCUCUCGCUCACCUUCCCUGUCAUCCACUACCAUGCAUGAUGCACCCCAUCCCCCCAUCACUCCAUCCACCCAUCCACCCAUCCUCCUGAUCCCUCCCUAUCCUGUUGACCAAUCAGAUCGCCUGGUUGCUCUGACGAUCGAUGAUGGGCCGAACGGAGACACGACCCACGAGCUGCUGGAUAUUCUCAAGGAACACGGGUGCACAGCCACGUUCUUCGUGAUUGGAUCCAACAUUGAUCGAUUCCCCAGCAUUGUGGAUCGCAUGCACGCUGAAGGCCACGAGGUGGGCAACCACAUGACAGCAGACGAGCCCAGCUGGCGCCUGUCAGCCGGGGAGUUUGAGUCGUCGCUGCUGGAAGUGGACGCCAAGCUCCUCCACUACUUCCGACGAGACGCCGGAGGCAACCCUGUCAAGUGGUUCCGACCGGGCCAUGGGUGGUACACCAAGCGAAUGCGGCAGCAGGCACAGCGGCACGGGUACAACGUGGCUCUGGGCUCUGUGUUCCCCGUGGACCCGCUUUUCAAGGACAGCAGCCGCCCUCUCGCUGCCUACUGUUUAUGGAAGGUGUACCCAGGUGCUAUUAUUAUCCUGCAUGAUCGUCCCCAGCAGGGCACACAAACCGUUGAGAUUCUGCGGAUGAUGCUGCCAGAGCUGAGACGGCAGGGCUAUCAGGUGGUCUCCCUCUCGCACCUUGUUAAAGGGCUGCACCCCCACCCCUCCUCUCCUCACUCCCACACCUCCUCUCCUCCUCAAUCCCUUCUCUCCGCACUGCCAGCAUCACCCUCUUCUGCUUCCGAUCCCCCACCUGCCAACCAUGCAUCUCUCUCGUCUCCCUGCUCUGGCGCUCCGGAUGGCGCGGCACGGGUGCUGUGGACGAAGAGGGUUCUGGCGUCUGCGCAGCGCAAAACCAGCAGCCCGUUCACGUACAAGCAGCCGGAGCUGAAGAUCGAUACCAUGGACUGGACCGUGAAGCACGCGCGGCUGGGCGGCGACCCGCUGAAUGGCUUCGACGUGUUCCUCACAGGCGUGCUGACGUUCAACGCGCUCAUCUACAACCCCAACGCUUAUGGGCUCAAGAUCAACGCUAUAUACGUGCACGCGGAGUACAACAACACGUUUCUCGGCAACUCCAAGCUCCCCCCCAUGAACGUGUACCCGUUAAAGUCAUCCACGGUAAAAGCACCCUUCAACCUGGUGAAUAUCCCUAUGAAGAAAGGAUGGCGCAUAUACCAGAAGGGGGAUGUGCUUGCAACGAAGAUUGACAUCCAAGGGUUUGGGAGAUUCACCGGCUUUGGAAUCAAAAGUCCUGUGAUGCAGGUCAGAACCACUUGUUAUGUAAAAUACGUGCUUAAAGCAGCUCUUCUUUCCUGCGUUCUUCUCGCCGCCGCUGCAUCAUGCGCUUUCGCCGCCCCCCCGAAAUCCAAACCCCCCAGUCUCCCGCCCAUGCCCAAAAUCACCGGCAUUCCGUUUCCCGGCAUCCGAAGAUGUCUGCUCACGUCCAGCCUCAGCUCCAAGAAGGUGCUCAGUGCGAGCUUGGGAGGAGAUUCGCUCGCCACCGGCAGCUUUCGCUCUACAAUCUACCAGCAGGGCAACCGCACGGUGAACAUCAAGAUUCACUUCGAUGUUGAGGGUCUCACGCUCCCGCUGCCGCCCACCAACCAAACGCUCUAUGACGGCCGCCGCGGCAGCAACGGCACGCCGAUUUGGGAGCUGCCCAACGCGUGGACUGUUGGGGGCGCUCCCGACGAGUUGAAAAUGGACACGUGGAUCACGGACGCGACGCGCAAGCUCGUUCCAGGGACAACGAUGACGUUUUACAGCUUGUUUCAGAAGAUCGACGCGACGCCGCGGAAUUUCUACAUUGUGAUCCGGACGGAGGCUUUCCCCGACGGCGCGAUUCGCGGGCAGAUGGGACGGCCUUCGCUUGUGCGCUGGGCGUCCAAGCCAGUGUGCUAG